AUGUCAACAAUUGUAGAUGUUUGUAUCAACGAACAGAAGGUUACAACAACACUAGAACAAGUGGCAAGUGUUUCCAAAACAAUUGCAGAAAAAUACUCUAAAAGAUCUAAAUCUAUUUCUCUUGAAUCAAAUUUAAAUGAUGAAAUUAAUUCACAAUUUCUUGGAUAUCUUUCAGGAUCGAUGCCAGCAUUCCAAGAGAAGACAGUUCUUGAUGUUGUUUCCUUGUUUUUAAAGUACAAUUGUGAAAAAUUGUUACAAAGUGCGAUUGAAUUCAUAAGAGACAACGUUUCAAUUGAUAAGAUUUUAAAUCAAUACGUUGCACUAACUAAUUCUAACCAGCCUAGACAGCUUUACGAACAAAUUAUUCUCGAACUUAUUUUAACUCCUCAGACAAUCUUAUUUGAAGACUCAUUUUUGAACCUUCCAACCAGAUACAUAGAAGAUUUGUUUUCAAUUCAAAGCGAAAAUGCAGUCUCUCAUUCUUUAUUAUUUGCUUUUAUUCUUUUCCAAAUACAUCUUAAGAAACAAGAGUCAGAACCAUUACUACGCUUCUUAAGCUACGAUAAACUUACAUUCCCACAGCUUUUGGACUUGAAAGAACAAUUACUUGAUGCAGAAAUGGACUCUUGCGCAUAUUUAGUCAUACAAAUGUCUAAAAUAAGAAACUCCCAGCGCAAUCAAAUCACUUUUACAAGUAGAUUUGACUCUUUAUUCCAAAAUUCUUUGACAUUUAACGUUAGAUACAAAAAAGGCCAAGAAUUCAAUGGAAUAUUCAAUAUGCUCACUAAAAGCUUCAAAAGCAAUAUCGUAGAAAACGGUUUAAUCACAAUUUCAGCAAGUUCCAAUGAUCCAAGGAAAAUUCUUGGAAAUCCAACAAAGAAAUACAUCUGGAUGUCAGGAAACGAGUCAAAUCCUUUCUACGGAAUCAGUUUGGACCACAAAAUUACAUUUAAUAAGUAUAAAAUUACAGGAGUUGACGGAUACAUGCCAAAUACGUACGCCAUACAAAUAUCAGAUGAUGGACAUAACUGGAAGGACAUUUUCAAUGUCAGAAAGGAGAGUUCCAUCGUUCAAUUGGCAAAUGCAAUGGGAGAAAUGGCAGAAAACGUUAAACCAACGAAAGAGAAGCUGAUUAAGAACAUAGGACAAAAAUUUUCAUCAAAACAUAUCAGAUUAAUCAACUACGGAAAGAAUGAUUCCGGAUCCAGCAAAAUUUCAUUGACAUCUUUCGAAUUAUUCGAAGAUAGUGAGCCAAUACUUAGUAAACUUAUUGAGAAUAAUCCAGAAAGCAUCAGUGUCCUUUCUUCUUCGUAUUGUUUCGCUUCAAUUUUGAAUCAUUUGAAAACAGACUUCUGGGCAUCAUUAAAUAUCCAAAAUAGUUAUAUACAACUCAGAUUGAAUGAUUUUGCCGUUGCAAUUACAGGCUAUUCUCUUCAAACUUACGAUUUAGACAAAGAUUUGAAUCAUUUGAGAGAGUGGUCAAUCCAAGGAUCUCUUGAUGGAGAGAAAUGGGUAGAAAUAGAUCGAAGAGAACCAUGUAAUGACUUAAAUGGUCCUUUGCUCUAUAAAUAUUACCAAUGCCAAGUUAUUAGACCUUGUAGAUACAUUAAGAUAGUUUCUGAAGGAGAGAAUCACAAUCAGAACUAUAUUCUAACUAUUUCAUCAUUUGAAAUCUUUGGUUUGCUUAUUCCUGACAUCAAAUAUUAA